AUGGCGGAGCCCCCCAUAGACGAUGAGGGCGAGGAAGCCGCCCAGGGCCAAGCGAAGCAGGAGCGGGCUCACCAGGAGGCUGUGGCAGCCAAGAACCUGGCCAUCUUGAAGGCCCACUCCUUUGACAUCACCUUUGAGGUGGGGGACGAAUAUGAGGUCAUCGAGACGAUCGGCACGGGAGCCUAUGGGGUCGUGAGCUCAGCACGGCGCAAGGAUACAGGCCAGCAGAUGGCGAUCAAGAAAAUCCCCAAUGCCUUCGAUGUGGUGAUGAAUGCGAAGCGCACUUUGCGCGAGCUGAAGAUCCUCAAACAUUUCAAGCACGACAACAUCAUUGCCAUCAAGGACAUCCUGAAGCCCUCCGUGCCUUAUGCCGAGUUCAGAUCUGUGUACGUCGUGUUGGACCUGAUGGAGAGCGACCUCCACCAGAUCAUCCACUCCUCUCAGCCCCUCACCCUGGAGCAUGUGCGCUACUUCCUCUACCAGCUUCUCCGGGGCCUCAAGUACAUCCACUCGGCCAACGUCAUCCACCGGGACCUGAAGCCCAGCAACCUGCUGAUCAAUGAGAACUGCGAACUGAAAAUCGGUGACUUUGGCAUGGCCCGGGGCCUCUGCACCAAGCCCGACGAGUACAAGUACUUCAUGACGGAAUACGUGGCCACCCGCUGGUACCGGGCCCCUGAGCUGAUGCUUUCCCUGCACGAGUACACCCAGGCCAUUGACAUGUGGUCGGUGGGCUGCAUCUUCGCCGAGAUGCUCGGGCGGAAGCAGCUCUUCCCCGGGAAGAACUACAUUCACCAGCUGCAGCUGAUCAUCACCGUCUUGGGGACCCCCCCGGCCAAGGUGGUCCAUUCCAUCGGGGCUGACCGGGUGCGGGCGUACGUCCAGAGCCUGCCGUCCCGUCAGCCGGUGCCCUGGGAGAGCCUCUACCAGCACGCUGACCGGAAGGGCUUGUCCCUGCUCUCCAAGAUGCUGCGCUUCGACCCCCGCGAGCGCAUCUCGGUGGUGGAGGCCCUCGGCCACCCCUUCCUGGCCAAGUACCACGACCCCGACGACGAGCCGGAGUGUGUGCCGGCCUUCGACUUUGACUUCGACAAGCAGGUGCUGACCAAGGAGCAGAUCAAGGAGGCCAUCGUGGCCGAGAUCAACGACUUCCAUGACCGCCGGGAGGGCAUCCGGCGCCAGAUCAGCUUCAAGCCAGCGCUGCGGCCGGCAGUUGUCGGGGGCUGUGUGACAGCCGCCGGCCCAGGCCUGCUCCUCUGCUGCCAGGACGUCGACAUGCCCAGCGCCGGCUCGCCUCAGCCCAGAGAGGGUGACUAUGCCAUGGCAUCUCCCGCCCCCUAUCCGUUACCGGAAACCAUAGACCUUACCUCUCCCCUCAUCGCUACUGCCAUUCCCCAGCCUGAGGUGAAGGCCGAAGUGGAGCCUCCCGCCGCGCCGCCCAAACGGGAGGGCGCCAUUUCAGAUGACACCAAGGCCGCCCUCAAGGCUGUCAUCUUAAAGUCGGCCCUCCGGAAUAAGAACAAAGACACCCCGUCCUCCAUCCCAGAGACGCCUGACAUCCGGAGGCCGGUGACGGCGAAGGAGCGCCAGCGUGAGCGAGAGGAGAAACGCAAGCGGCGUCAGGAGCGGGCCAAGGAGCGCGAGAAGCAGAAGAAGGAAAAAGAGAAGGAGCGCAAGGACAUGCUGACUGAGAACGACCGGAACCUUCUGGAGAGGUGGACCAAGAUGGUCGACCGCACCCAGAACAAGCCGGCCCAGAACGGGUCCGCGGUCCCGCCGCAGGUGACCGGCGCCAGCCAUAUCCUGUCUCAGGUGCCCUCUGCCAACCCUUUGCCACCUCAAGUGCCUCCUGCCAGCCAUAUCUCGCCCGCCUCUUCCACCAAUGCUUCCACCCCCACCGAUUUCCUUGCCUUCUCGGACAAGGUGGCACCUGCCUUGAGACCCAAGCUCACCCUGGUUCCUGUGGGGGCGGAACUAGCCCCAGUUCAAGGGUCCAACGCCAACGUGGUCCGCUUUUUCCCGGCCCAGCCUGCCCCAUUCCUGGUCACCGCCCCGGCCUGUCAGAAAGUGGCGCUGUCCAAACCGGAGUGUGUGCUAAGCGUCAAAUACGGCCCCGGCCAGAUAUUCCAGGCACCGUACGGGGUGACGACCCUCAACACUUGGAGCGGGGUCCCCCAGCCCGAGAACUGGGCCGUGGCCGGACAGCUGCCGGUGAAUCAGCCGGAGAUCGUGCCCCCUGGUGACGCGUUGCCUGAGCAGACGGUGAGUUAUGGAGCGGGGGCUGGUGCGGAGGAGGCCAUGUUUCUGACGGAGGCGGGCAAAGCGGAGGCGUCUUCGCUGGGUUUGGUCGCCGAGGAAACCCAAGGGCCCAACCGGCACCAGAUGGCUCCGGAGCUCUCUCCAGAGACCGCUGUGCCUUCGGAAGCGCCGGAUAUCAAUAUGGUGACCCAACAGCUGUCAAAAUCCCAGGUGGAAGACCUUCUGCCUCCCGUCUUCUCUGGCACCCCUAAAGGCAGUGGCGCUGGCUACGGAGUUGGGUUUGACCUGGAAGAGUUUCUGAAUCAGUCGUUCGACAUGGUUGGGGAAAACAGGGAGAGUCAAGGCGACUCUGCCCCGCUCUCGGCCUCCCUUCUCGCCGACUGGCUGGAAGUUCACCGCAUGAACCCGGCCGACAUGGAGUCCCUCCAGCAGGAGCUGCAGCUGGGCUCUCCCAUGAUCCUCUCCGACAUCCCCGACCUGCAGGACGCAUGA